CCGACGUCGUUAAAUUCGGACGACUGGCGUAGAUAAUCUGGCGCUGCUUUGCUUCGAAUAGUGCGAUUAGUGCUGCUUAAAUCAAAGUAGUAAAUACCUAAAAUUUAUAUUAAGAAGUGCCUUGGGAAACUGAAACCAGAAAUUAUGUCCAAACGAUUAUUGGUUCAUAACAGUCGGGUUCUCUCCCGCACCUUGGGCCGCAGGAGCUCCAGCUCAACGCUGCACUCGAAAGCAGCGCCCGCCGUGAUGAACCAGGGGCAGAGUGAAAUGCCCGAGUGUGGUCAUCGCCCGGCGGCCUACGAAGGAUCCAGCUAUGAGCAGAUCCUCAAGACGCGGCGCGACCACCUGACACCCAACCUGCUGGCGCACUUUAAAAAGCCGCUGGUAAUUCAUACUGGCCACAUGCAAUGGCUGUACGAUCACGAGGGACGGCGCUACCUGGAUAUGUUUGGCGGAAUCGUCACUGUGUCCGUGGGACAUUGUCACCCGAAAGUGAAUCAGGCGUUAAGCGAGCAGACCGCCAAGCUGUGGCACACGACCAACAUCUAUAUGCACCCCAAGAUUCACGAGUACGCCGAGCGGCUGGUGGCCAAGUUCCCUGGAAAGUUGAAGAGCGUUUGCUUCGUGAAUUCCGGCUCGGAGGCCAACGACCUGGCCAUGCUGAUGGCGCGCCUGCACACAGGAAACCAGGAUAUCCUCUCCUUCCGCAACGCCUACCACGGCAUGUCGCCGUACACCAUGGGCUUGACGGCGCACUCCACCUGGCGCUUCCCGUUGCCGGGCGUCAACAACGGGCUGGUGCACGUGAUGAACCCCGACCCCUACCAGGGCAUUUGGGGCGGCUCCGCCUGCCGGGACUCGCCAGUGCAGACGACGCGCGACUGCCAGUGCCGGGAGGGCUGCCAGGCGGGCGACGCCUACUACAACGAGCUGGAGGAAACCUUCAAGUACUCCUUGCCGCGCGGCAAGGUGGCGGCCAUGUUCGCCGAGUCCAUCCAGGGGGUCGGCGGCACGGUGCAGUUCCCCAAGGGUUAUCUGAAGCGGGCGGCCGCGCUGGUCAGGGCUAACGGAGGAAUCUUUGUGGCCGACGAGGUGCAGACGGGCUUUGGGCGCACCGGCGAUCACUUCUGGGGCUUCGAGGGCCACGACUACGUGCCCGACAUAGUCACCAUGGCCAAAGGCAUUGGCAACGGCUUUCCACUGGCCGCCGUGGUCACCACCCCGGAAAUCGCUGCCUCACUGGGGCAGGCGCUGCACUUCAACACCUACGGCGGAAACCCUAUGGCCAGUGCCGUGGGCAUCGCUGUGCUGGACGUAAUAGAGGAGGAGCAGCUGCAGCGCAACUCGCUGGAGGUGGGCACCUACUUUUUGAAGGGUCUGGCCGAGCUGCAGCAGCGCUUCGAGAUCGUUGGAGAUGUGCGAGGCAAGGGCCUGAUGAUCGGGGUGGAGCUGGUGGGCAAUCGCGAGAAACGUACCCCGCUGGCCACGCCCCACGUUCUGGAGAUCUGGGAGAAGUGCAAGGACCUCGGCGUGCUCUUCGGACGCGGAGGCCUUCAUGGAAACGUUCUGCGCAUCAAGCCGCCCAUGUGCAUCAAUCGGGCGGACGCGAAGUUCGCCGUGGAUGUGCUGGCCCGGGCCAUCACUGAGUCUCUGCCCAAAAAUAGUUAACAAGGAUCCGAAUGAGGAAGAGGAGUGCAUGGCGGAGAAAGCGUUUAUAGGUCUCAGCUGCAUUUAUUAACCGAUUUAAUUCAACAACACCUCUUGGCAUUGUGAUCAUAGAAUAUUUGAAUCCCUUAAAUUUCGGUAGUUAAAUAUUGAAAAGAAUUGGUUGCUAUAUAACCUAAAAUGUAAAUUUUUUGCUCUACUGAAGUGUGCGGAGCAUUUUGUUAUAUUUUAAUCAAUUUGUUUUAUUAUGGAAAACUUUUAUUGCUAACCUCUAACAGCUCUUGCCGAGUUACUUCUAUCUUCAAUUUUUUAGCGUAUAAAUCGAUAAUAUCGAUCUCGAGUUAUAAUUGGUUAACAUACAUUGAAAAACAAUGAAGUUCUACUUUUUUAUACUAAUUUUUAAAUACUUUAUUUUUGGCGCUAUAUGAUAUAAUCGCUCGAUCUGGCCCCUACCGACUAAUGUACUACCUGGAAAGGACAAUUUUAAAACAGUUUUCGGUUCGACUGUUCCUGCUGAUCGAUAAUAUAUAUAAAUUAUAGGGUCGGAAAUGUCUCCUUCCAUUCUCCUGAUAUUAAUAUAUGUACGUUCUGCAAGGGUACAUCAAAACAAUAAGUUAUUUUUGAUUAAACGACCUUUUAAACAACAAUUUGGCAUAAAAAGACAGUUAAAUAUAAAAGUUUUCAAAAGUUCUGUUUAGAUUGUAGGUUAUUUCAAGUAUUUCAGGAAAACGAUCAUUAAACCGAAAUCCCUUCUUAAA